CGGAUUUAUGAGACAGGGAAGAUAAAAAAGCAUACUAUCUAAGAACUUAUUUGAAUAGCAGUCUUUGUUAUAUGAGAAAACUCAUUUCAAUCGCAGUUUUAAUUAUUGAAGGUCAUCUGAACUCCACCUGAACGGUUUUCAGGUAAGGAAGAAACCUCUGGCUGCUUUUCUAAUUCGAUCCUUGGGACAUCUGCAUAAUGACAGGGGUUCAGCCAAUGCCCUGUCCGGUGCUCCUCGGCACUGUGAAAGCUGGAGGUUUAUCAGCUCUUCUGCACAAAUACACAAUUGAGAAAAAAGUAGCUAAAAUGGAGAAGGUGCUUAAAAAAGGUGUGGGUGUUGACAGCAUAAACCACCUUGGACAGACACCACUUUUUUGUGCGUCUCUCCUUGGCUUUGCCAGUGUAGCAGAGAAGCUUCUACAGUAUGGGGCUAACCCGAAUCACCGUUGUAAUGAUGGAAGUACCCCCAUUCAUGCUGCAGUUUUCUCUUGUAAUCCCUGGCUGCUGAGUUCACUGCUGGAUGCUGGCGGUGACCUGCGUCUCCAUGAUGAUCAGGGCCGAAUGCCGAAGCACUGGGCCAAGGCAGGUGCUCAGGAGGACAGUCCGAAGAUGCUUGCUUUUCUGAAGAGAUGCGAGUCUCAAAUGCAGAGCUUGCUGCAAACUCAUCCGUCUAGGGAUGCGCAUACCACCCCGACCUCCUCAAAGACACUGCUCAGCUCUCCAUCCCUUAAACAUUUGCGACCUUGGGCAUCGGGUCUCACUCAUGAAAAUAAAAUGUCUGUCUGUGAUAUGAUGAUGCGGUGUUUUGGCUACGGAAAGUUAUUCCCUGAGAAGCCAGGGUUUAGUCUGGGACUGGCUGCUUCUGUGCCCUUGAUAAGUGACAGUGAUUUAGCUCAAGCUAACGAUGAGCCUCUCAAUUCCUUUAUAUGUGGAUCUUUCAUACGUAUGACCAAUUACAGUUGGAAAGGAUGUCGUGUCACUGUUAAAGAGCUGCAAGAUCAGAUUUUGCAACAAUAUGAAGAACGUGAUGGUCUCCUGGAUCUGCUAGUUUCUGAGCAGGAGUAUUGCUGUCAGCUGUCUCACCCGCACCUGCUGCUGCUGAUGGCUGUGAGUAUGUCCGUUGACCUGGACAGCACAAAGCUGGUUUACGAGAGGGUAAAUGUAGGGUCCCUGUACAGUCUGCUGCACCAAAGGCGUGAUGACUUUCCUCUCCUACAGCUGGGUGACCUGUUAUCAGUGGUGCUACAGGUGUGUGAGGUGUUAAUGUACCUGCAUUGCCGAUCUCUGGUGCUCCGGGCCCUUUCCUCACACACUGUACUCAUUGUGCACCCUGGAGUUUCCAAAGUUACGGGCCUCGGGUUUAUUGUUCCCAGUGAGGGAACGACCACCUACACCCCAACUCCUGUUCCUUUACCUCUCAGCCUUAUCAACUGGGCAGCUCCAGAAGUGAUUAGAUGUAGAGCAUGUACAGGAAAAGCUGAUCUGUAUAGUGUGUGCACCCUUAUACAGGAGAUCUAUACAGAUGCUUUGCCGUGGGGCUCCACAGACCCACACUGGAUAAAACGGUCGGUAGAAGCCGGUCAGGCUCUGAUAGCAAACCCUGCCGUGCCUGAGCCUUAUUACCAGUUCCUGCAGGAGGGCCUCCAGCACAGAGCUCAGCACAGGACCAGCAACCUGCACGAUUUGUGCUAUAAUCUACGCUGUUAUAUAAGGGAGAUAAGAAGCAAGAAUACGAAAAGUGGAUGGAACUCACAGUCUGCUCCUCAGAGCAUUCUUGGAUGGAACACUGAUGUUAAUCAGGCGAGAGAGCAAGACAAAUCUGUAUAUCAGCACUGCAGGGCUGCAGUACACAAUGAAAUCCAGGAACAUCACGUAGAAGAAAUCUACAAAGAAGAGGUGUCCACCACAGACACUGAUGACCUCCACUGGGAUAUUUCGCACAGUGACGUCACUGCUUUGCAUGAAUGGCCAACCACCCAUCAUACUCCAUUUUCUGAAUCACCUUGUUCUAACUAUAGCGAUACAGACAAGGAUCUGGCAAUUAGUCACUCUAUCUCAAAGCAUACUAGCUCAAUUGUUCUCAACCUUAAAGUGUCUCAGGUUCUUCUACAGCAGGCUGAGCAGAGUCUAGAUAACGUAGAGGCGGCCCAAUUGGGCACCCCAUGCUUUGAUGAGAUGGAUGCUGUGAUGAAGAGGGUGAAGAUGGAAAAAGAGUGCAAUGAUGGUGCUGGGAAGGCUGUGGGACCACCGUUUAAAAAUUAUAUUCCCAACUGGACCGUUAAUGCAGACGAGGAGGUCAGUCAGUACAGCUCAGCUCAAGAUGAGAGCUUUGAUAGCACAUCCCUUCCUAGCAAUGCAGAGGUAUGUGUCACGAUUGAUCAGUUUAAUGUGGCCUUGCUGAAUAAAAGUAUUCAUUUCUUGAAGAAAGAAAGAAAAAUAAACCAAAUGAGCAAAGCAUUCCAGCAGAGAUCACCUAUUACCAAAGUAAAGCUUAACGAUGGAAAAGAUUAAAAGAAAAAAAUAUGAGGAAAAAAGCUGUAAUUACAGGAGGAGAACAGGGACUUGAAGAGAGUUAAAACAACAAAAAAUGGACAGCAACAGACAGGACAUCAAAGGUCUGAGAGGUACAAGAGUAUAAGAGCAUUAGCAGGAAAAUACUGAUCGAAGUCAAAAGGAGAAUAAUAGAUGGAUGGCAACAGCAGAAAGGAUCUAUAUAAUCAAACAGGCAAAAACAUGACAAAAAAAAUAAGCAAAUGCAUCUUUUUGUUUUAGGUUACAUGUGCAACUUGGGUUGUCGGAGACUCAAAAAGAUAGCACACACCAAUCUCUUGAACAGCACUACCACUCAAAACCCUUAUGGACCAGUGAGAGACAAACGACACACCAUUCAUUAUCUUCAUGUGCU